AUGAAGAAAUUACGGGUGAAGACUAUACUGUCACUCAUCUUCAUUAUCUUGCACAAUGCUCCGCGUUUAGGACUCGUACUCGCCAGGACUAUGACCCAUAACAAUCCAAGAUUCUUCAAGAUCGGCGGCGUUCUCUCCAAUGUUGACAGCAAAGAGCACUUCGAGAAAACGAUUGACCAUCUCAAUUUCGAUUCCCAAUACGUCAAUAAAGGGGUAACAUACAAGCAUACGGUAAUCGAGAUGGACUCCAGCCCUAUAAGAACCGCAUUGAGCGUCUGCAAAUCUUUGAUAGCCGAACAGGUGUACGCGGUGGUGGUGUCGCAUCCGCUUACAGGUGACUUAUCACCGGCAGCGGUUUCCUAUACGAGCGGAUUUUAUCACAUACCCGUGAUCGGUAUAUCGUCCAGGGACUCAGCCUUCUCGGACAAAAACAUCCAUGUUUCAUUUUUGCGCACUGUACCGCCGUACUCUCAUCAAGCGGAUGUCUGGGUGGAACUGCUGAAGCACUUCAACUACAUGAAGAUUAUCUUCAUCCAUAGUUCCGACACGGACGGCCGCGCGCUCCUCGGACGUUUCCAGACGACAUCGCAGAAUUUGGAGGAUGACGUAGAGAUCAAAGUGCACGUCGAAUCAGUCAUCGAGUUCGAACCGGGAUUGCACAACUUCGAGGAGCAAUUGAGGGAGAUGAAAAGCGCACAGGCGAGGGUCUGCCUCAUGUACGCCUCGAAGAAGGACGCGGAAGUGAUCUUCAACGACGCCGCCAAUCUGAACAUGACCGGCGCCGGAUACGUGUGGAUCGUCACCGAGCAAGCGUUGGACGCGCCGAACGCGCCGGACGGCUUGCUGGGGUUGAAGCUGAUCAACGCUACCCAGGAGAAAGCACAUAUAAGCGACAGCCUAUACGUCCUCGUGUCCGCGUUGCGAACGAUGAAUCAGACAGAGAGGAUCACCGAGGCGCCGAAGGACUGCAGCGAUUCCGGCUCCAUAUGGGAAACUGGCAAGACUCUUUUCCAGUAUAUUCGCAAGCAAGUAUUACCGCAUGGUUCGACGGGUCAAGUGGCGUUCGACGAUAACGGGGACCGCAUAUUCGCCGAGUAUGACAUAAUCAACAUCCAGUACACAGGUCCAGACAAUAACAAGACGCAGGUGUCCGUCGGGCAGUACUUUUAUCCCGCUAACGGCACCAAGAUGAAGCUGCGAGUCAACGAGUCCAACAUCAUAUGGCCGGGUCGUUUGAAGAUCAAACCCGAGGGUUUCAUGAUACCCACGCAUCUAAAAGUACUGACGAUCGAGGAAAAGCCGUUCGUUUAUGUUCGCGAAUUACCCGACAAUGAGAUAAAGUGUCUACCUGAGGAGAUCGCUUGUCCGCACUUCAACAUGACGGACGAUAAGCAAAUGUUUUGUUGCAAAGGAUACUGCGUGGAUUUAUUAAAAGAGCUGGCGAAAAUGAUUAACUUCACAUACAGUUUAGCCCUGUCGCCAGACGGUCAGUUUGGCAGCUACGUGAUCAAAAACACCUCGGUCGGAGGAAAAAAAGAAUGGACGGGCCUUAUUGGCGAGAUAGUCAACGAACGGGCUGACAUGAUCGUCGCGCCUUUAACGAUCAAUCCCGAGCGUGCCGAGUUCAUCGAAUUCAGCAAACCGUUCAAAUAUCAGGGCAUCACUAUCCUUGAGAAGAAGCCUUCGAGAUCAUCGACUCUGGUCUCCUUCUUACAACCGUUCAGCAACACCCUUUGGAUCCUCGUGAUGGUAUCGGUACAUGUAGUCGCGCUGGUUUUGUACCUGCUCGAUCGAUUUUCACCCUUCGGCAGAUUCAGACUGGCCAACACUGACGGCACCGAGGAAGACGCCCUCAAUCUAUCCAGUGCUAUCUGGUUCGCUUGGGGUGUAUUAUUAAACAGCGGUAUAGGAGAGGGUACCCCACGGAGUUUCUCCGCGCGCGUGCUGGGAAUGGUGUGGGCCGGAUUCGCUAUGAUCAUCGUCGCAUCGUACACUGCCAACUUGGCGGCGUUCCUCGUUUUGGAACGACCAAAAACUAAGCUCACCGGCAUCAACGAUGCUCGACUCAGGAACACGAUGGAGAAUUUGACGUGCGCGACGGUGAAGGGAUCCGCCGUGGACAUGUAUUUCAGACGCCAGGUAGAAUUGUCCAAUAUGUACCGUACAAUGGAGGCGAAUAACUACGACACUGCCGAAGACGCGAUUCGCGACAUUAAAAUUGGGAAAUUAAUGGCGUUCAUCUGGGAUAGCUCGCGAUUGGAGUUCGAAGCGGCUCAAGAUUGCGAAUUGGUGACGGCUGGCGAAUUGUUCGGCCGCUCGGGUUACGGAAUCGGUUUGCAAAAAGGAUCUCCUUGGGCGGACGCUGUGACAUUGGCGAUCUUAGACUUCCACGAAAGUGGUUUCAUGGAAAGCCUCGACAAUCUUUGGAUCUUGCACGGUAACGUGCAACAAUGCGAACAGUUUGAAAAAAUGCCGAACACCCUCGGUCUAGAGAACAUGGCAGGGGUGUUUAUCGUCGUCGGCGUCGGCAUCGGCGGCGGAGUCGCUCUAAUUAUAAUCGAAAUGGCAUACAAGAAGCACCAAAUACGUAAACAGAGGAAGAUGGAACUGGCAAGACACGCGGCCGACAAGUGGCGAGGGAUGAUCGAGAAGCGGAAAACUUUGCGGGCGUCGAUAGUCACGCAGCGAAGGAUCCAGAGCAACGGCCUGAACGAUCCCGCGACGGUGAGCCUGGCGGUCGACACGGUCGCCAGGUCGAACGUGGGCUCGCGCAGCCCAGGUCGCGCUUGGCCCGGUGACAGCGAUCUGAGACAACGGCCGAUCUCCCGCUCCGACGACAUCCGAUUGUCGCCCGCCGCCUACACUGCCGACGUGUCGCAUCUCAUAGUCUAAUCUUACGUUGAUUUGUAGUUUUUUACCGAAUAAGAAGCGUCGUCGCCGAACGUUCCUAGUAGACCGAUUACACCAUGGGAUGAAACUGAUUCUAAUAUCUUCCUCGCAUAGCGGAAUACGAUCGCAGGGUGAUCCGUAUAUAAUCGGCGAAUAGCUGUGGGAUAUAUUUGAGAUGAUUAAUUGUUCGCUUGUUAGAUGUUUAUAGAAAAUUGUGAUGGACUACCUUAAAGAUAUCUCUGAUAUUUAUUGAAUCGUUGCAGAUGUUAUUUGUUUUAUAUCUAAAUGAUUUUGAGAUGAUUUAAUUUUUCGAGAAAAUAAAUUGUAUGUAAUUGAAAG